AUGUCGUACGCCUCUGUCGCUGCUCAGAACGUCCCGCCACAGGAAAAGUGGCCUCAGCCUGACCCCGCCCUUCUCAACACAACGCCCCCAACAGACCACACCGUCGUAGACGACGCUGCCAAGGUCAAUGUCGUCGGUCCUGACUUCAAGGAGAACCCCCAUACCGCCUUUGAGGAAAACAUUAGACGCAAUGUCUCCACCUCCGAAAGCGAAGGCGACGACGACCGUGGCGAUGGUUCCAAGAGACGAAAGCACCGACGCCACCGCAAGCACCACCCUCAGACGCUGUGGGACCAGGCGACCGAGUAUCUCCUGAGACCAGGCGUCGCUGGCGGCCUGGUUGGAAUCGCAAACGUGGGGUUGUUGACGGGCGUUGGGUAUACAUUCUACUCGAAACCGUUGCUUCGACGUGACCCUGCGGCAAUCAGCACGGCCGCUGUGUCUACCCUUGCACUAUUGUUUGCGGAAGGAUAUCUCGCAGAGCAAUACUCUGAGACACCUGAAGGACAAAGGCAAGUCCGCCGGGCCAAGGACAAGACCAGUGCUUUGGCCCGCUAUGUCGAUGAUCUCAUACAUCGAACCACCACCCUCAAUGUUCUCGUCGGCACUUUGAAUACCGCAGUCGUUGGCGGCAUUGGGUACGUUGCCUAUGCCAAUUGGGAUCGCCCAUGGAACCGCAGCACAGUUUCGACUGUCGCCGCUGGGGCUCUGGCUCUCUUGGGCUUUGACGGGUAUCUUUUGGAGCAGUACAGGGAGUAGAACAGAGUUUUUGUAAUUUAUUUAGCUUUUGUAAUUCCCUUUGUUGUGAUGUAUUUGGUCUCUGAGGAUAGGCGCGAAAAAUCUACUCGGAUUGAUUUGAUCUCGUUA